AUGCCAAACUGUCUCCUGAAGUCCAAAUCUCUCCGCUCGGAUGAGGACAGCUUGAGCAGCAAGUACGGAAUGGACCCUGGUCUAGCCUUAGCGGCUCCUCGUCUCUCGUCUAUUUCACCAGUGAGCGGCUACCCCACCAUCUUCGAUGAUUUCGUCGUUGAACAUGAUUCCGGCUUCAAUUAA